AUGGGUCCCUCCAACGCUGACAUCCUCGACUAUGUCACCAAUAUGCCCGCACUUCAGACGGUAUUGAGAGACGCUCAUGAAAUCUUCAAAGCCGCUAUUACGGUACAAGAUUGCUCUUGGGAAGAGAAAUUUCUGCGAAACAUUGAGUUUGACAUUCUUAGUAUCAGCGAGGCGCACGUACUGAAGAAUCAACAUCAAAAGCACAUGAGAGGAUUCGUAACAGAAGCGGAAUCGACAAACCGGGCUCGACACCUGAGAUCCCGACCUGAUUUCAUCUAUGGAUGGAUUCCCCCACGACAUGUUAUCGACGAUGAUGAGAUACCCGCCUGGUCCAAGCAAGAGGCAGAGGCUGUGGAUGGAACAAACCUGCUCUAUCCUUUUCUAGUGGUCAAAGUUGCCCCUGAUAGCGACGACUUCGAAAAUCUAUGUGACACUAUUGGUGAGCCAGCAUUCAACUAUCUUCAAGGCGCUUCCAUUGACAUCAGGACGGUCGAUAGACUGUACCGCCGCUUGGAAGCGUGCGGGUGGACUGACCCAGGGCUCAUUAGCUCUAUGUACAGUUUCGUGGUGAAUCGGAACACAGCCUCCAUCUAUUUCAGUUACGCAUGGGGUGAGACCAAGGAGUAUUUUCAUCGGGUAGCACGCUAUAAUAUGAAGAAUGAGAACGACCAAAGAGAAUGCGAAAAGAUGAUCAGCAAUAUUCUUUCCUGGGGCACGACAAGUCGUCUUCGGGGCAUUCAGAUAGCUAUCGAGGUCAUUCGCAGUAAUAAAGCGGGUUGGUAUCCACGAUAUCAACAGGAGAACUGCGACUUCUCGGAAUAUCGACUAUCUUGUUCAUAUUGA